UCUGAAAUUAAUUAAAACUGUCCUGCUUGGCUUUAUUCUUCUGUUCCUUGUAGAAAUUACUUUGGNAUCUUUAGCUUUAAGGAUGUUUUGAGAUUGAAGCACAUUAAGGAGUACUGUUCAAGGGGAUUUUGAUUAUACAUGGCUUCUGUUGAGGAAAAGCUCAAACCAGGAGGUUUUGUCACUGGUGGUCAUAAUGUUCUUGAAGGAAUCAAGUUAUUGAAAGAAAUGAAUGAUCACACUGGCGUAAGGAAGCAAAUAAAUUCCGAGCUGUGGCAUGCUUGUGCGGGCCCACUUGUUAGCUUGCCUCAGGUUGGAGGCCUUGUGUACUAUUUUCCACAAGGACAUAGUGAACAGGUUGCGGUUUCAACUAAUCGAACAGCAACUGCCCAAAUACCAAACUAUCCGAAUCUCUCCCCUCAGUUGCUGUGCCAAGUUCACAAUGUUACUCUUCAUGCGGACAAAGAAACAGAUGAGAUCUAUGCUCAAAUGAGCCUCCAGCCUGUGAAUUCGUAUCUAGACUCAACCUCAGUUGUAUGUUUUGUAAUCAAACUUAUUCAUAAAGGACAUCACGAUUUGAGAAAAGCUGGACAAAAGCAAGAAAAAGACAUGAUCUCUGUACCUGACCUGGGACUGAAGCCCAGUAAACACCCAACCGAGUUUUUCUGUAAAACAUUGACAGCAAGCGACACGAGUACACAUGGAGGAUUCUCAGUUCCUAGAAGAGCUGCGGAAAAGCUCUUCCCACAAUUAGACUACUCUAUGCAACCUCCUACUCAAGAACUCAUCGUCCGAGAUUUGCAUGAUAACACUUGGACUUUUCGGCAUAUAUACAGAGGGCAGCCCAAGCGGCACUUGCUCACAACGGGUUGGAGUAUGUUUGUUGGCUCGAAGCGGCUUAGAGCUGGCGACUCAGUCCUUUUUAUUAGGGAUGAAAAAUCACAACUUCUGUUGGGAGUUAGACGAGUUAACCGCCAGCAAACAACUUUGCCGUCUUCAGUUCUGUCUGCCGAUAGCAUGCACAUAGGAAUUCUUGCUGCGGCUGCUCAUGCUGCUUCUAGUCGAAGCCCAUUUACGAUCUUUUACAAUCCAAGGGCAUGUCCCUCAGACUUUGUUGUCCCAUUUGCCAAAUAUCAAAAAGCUGUUUAUAGCACACAGCUCUCAAUCGGUAUGAGAUUCGGUAUGAUGUUUGAAACCGAAGAAUCCACUAAAAGGAGGUAUAUGGGGACAAUCACCGGCAUAAGCGACUUAGAUCCACUGAGAUGGCCUAAUUCGAAGUGGCGUAGUCUUCAGGUGGAGUGGGACGAGCCGGGUUGCGCUGACAGGCGAAACCGGGUCAGCCCGUGGGAAAUCGAGACACCCGAAAGCAUUUUCAUUUUCCCAUCUCUAACCGCUAAUCUCAAACGACCCUUCCACUCGGCUUUCAUCGGAGGGCAAACAGAGUGGGAGACUUUGAUUAACCGACCCCCUUUGCUCCGAAUUCCCGAAAAUACCCCUCAAGAUAACAUCCACUGCCCUUCGAAUUCAACGAGCCUGUGGUCAGACCAGCUGGUGAGAAUGCUCAUGAAACCUCCCAUGCAAAACGAGCCCAAAAUUGCUGCUUUACCACAACACGAACUCUACACUCCGCCAAGCACGUUUUUUCAGCGCGAAAACAUUAAUUUCGCGAAUUCCGGCAUAGUAUUACUACCCGGAAUGCCCGCCAACCUCGGCCCGUUUGACGAAAAAUCACCCGAAAAGCCCGAAAUUUCUGCCUUGGGACAGAACAAUGCAUGUGACGUCAUUCAGGCCCAAGAAAUCGACCCGAACGGGCCCACAAUGCCAGGUGUCACUGCCACCUGUCCCGUGACUCCCUUGCUGAUGUCAGGCCAAGAACCGUGGGACCCGCAUUUCAACAGUGGGAAUCAGGACAUUUUCAACAACUUCCAUUACAGCUCGUGUGAUCUGAAAGAGGAGCUGCAGAUCGAGAACAACAAUAAUAAUAACCAAAAUGGGGACAUUAUUUACGGCGGCUGUCUGAAUCUUGACGGGAGCAACAACAGCGGGAGCACGGUGAUCGACCCCUCGGUUUUCGAGGAUUUUUGCAAUUUUAAGGGUGUCGAUUUUCAGAACCCGUCUGAUUAUCUCGUGGGGAAUCUUUGCUCGAAUCAGGAUGUUCAGUCUCAGAUCACGACUGCCAGCCUGGCGGAUUCUCAGAAUUUCUCGAUACACGAGUAUGCAGACAACUCGGGUGGGGCUUCUUCGAGUAAUGUAGAUUUCGAGGAUAAUGCGACUAUUUUGCAGCAUGGCUCGUGGAAGCCCGUGGCCCCAAGGUUUCGAACUUACACUAAGAUUCAAAAGGCUGGAUCUGUUGGGAGGUCGAUUGAUGUGUCGAGCUUCGGAAAUUACGACGAGUUGCGUUCUGAAAUCGAGCGUAUGUUUGGUCUGGAGGGCCUUCUCAAUGACUUGAGUUCCGGAUGGAAGCUUGUCUACGUGGAUUUCGAGAAUGAUGUUCUUCUUGUUGGAGAUGAUCCUUGGGAGGAAUUUGUGGGGUGUGUGAAAUGCAUCCGAAUUUUAUCACCAUCUGAAGUUCAGCAAAUGGGGGAAGAAGGAAUGCGGCUUUUGAACUCUGUACAAGGCACUUGUCUUGAGGAGAAGCUUAUUGAUUGA